UUAUAUAUUAACCACUUGCGCUACCAAUAAACUCAUGGUUGCGUAUGCCGUACGCUACAAUAUAACACGUUGAGAUAACAAAGUAACCCGUCACCGCGUCUGCGAGUGCAAUCUUUUAAGCAGCGCCUCAGUGUGUUGAUGCAAAACGCGGAUAUGAAGAAGUAUCUUCAAAGUGAUGAAAUAAUCAAAAUAAGUAACAUGUUCAUAUCUCUACAAAUUGAUGAGGUAAAGAAAGUUAACGAGCAGUUACAACCGGUAAUUGUAACACUAAUAAAUCAUAUGAAAUCGGAAGAUUCACUGUUUGAAAAAAUGUAUCAACAAAUUAUAUUCUGUGGUAGUUUCUAUAAAGGUACAAAAAUAGAGGCACCAAAUGAAUUUGAUUUCAACGUUACUUUAAAGCUCCCUAUCAACUAUUAUUACAUAAAUUAUUCCUCAGAUCGGGCAGGUUUUAUAAAAAUAUCUAUAGAAGAUAAUGUGCAAACACGUAAUAUAUAUACAUAUAAAGAUCUUACAAAUACAGAAAUAAGACAAUUUAACAAAUUAAUAGAUAAUAAUUUUGUGAAUCCAAAUAAAUUUCGUUAUUGGAUAAAAGGAAUUAUAGACAAAGUUAUGAACAAGCUGCAGAAGGAUGGAGAUAAAUACAGAUUACUAAUAAAUAAUUCUUAUACAGCAAACAUUAAAAAAAGUGAAAGUGGGCCUGCAAUCACAUUAAUAGUGAAUAUUCCAGAUAGAACUGAGGAUAUAAAUGUUGAUUUAGCACCAUCCUUACCUUUUGAUAUAAAUGUCAUUCAAAAAUAUAUUCCAAAAUUUGAUGAACUUAAAGGGUUUCGAAAUAGAAACUGGUUUGCAAUUCCAGUACCAGUACGUACUGAUUGUAAUGAUAGUAAUUCUAGUUUGGCAUCCCUUUAUUGGAGAACCGCUUUUAGUCUUCAAGAAAAUGAAAUCCUUGCAAGACACGGUCGUGUAAAACAAGUUAUACGUUUACUGAAGAAAUUCAGAAAUACACAAAACAUGAAGAAUAUAGCAAGCUAUUACAUAGAAACUACAUGUUUAAACAAACUGACAGAACUAGAUACGAGCAUCAAUACAAUAUCUUUGUCAUAUUUCUUUUUUGAAAUGCUUAAAGAAUUACAACGGGUUUGUGAGCAAGGGAAGCUAGACUAUUAUUGGAAUAAAGAGUACAAUUUAUUAUCCAGAAUUAGCCAGAUACAAAUGUAUAACAUAGCUCAACGUUUAAAAAAAAUCAUUAAAGAUAUUGAAAAGAAUGCAACGGAUAAAUAUAUAUUGGUCAAAUAUAUUCUAAACUCAGAGGAAUUGUUAUCACUAAAGAAUAACAUAACUAACCCAGACAACAUAAUUACAAUUGGUGCGAGAAACAAUGAUACAGACCAAACAAAUCAGGGCGGUUGUGUAAUCCUCUAAUUUUAUUCCCUAAAUUUGUUGUAAUAAAAUACUACAUAUAUAUAUUCUUAUUAUAAUAUAUAUUAUAUAUAUUAUCAUUAUUAUCUAUAUCUUAUAUAUAUUAUAAUAAAAUUAUAACAACUAUACUUUAACUUAGCUAAUUCCGGAUUGAUCAAGAGUAAAUAAUUAACAGUGAUUUAAACUACAUUCGAAAAUAAAACAAAAAUGUAGAGUAAAAUUUUUUUAUAAGAUGCUUCAUUUUCGAAAAAAGCAAAUUUAAAAAUGUACCCUGCGCGUUUAUCAGACCAAUUCGUAAUUAAACAUGUUUACACUUUGUUUUCUUAAAAAUGAAGUCUUAAAUGAAAAAAGUUUAUUUUACAUUUUUGACCUAUUUUCACAUGUAUAAUAACUUUCUAUUGACUGUUUGUUCAUACCUAGUGAGUACUUAGCCAAGUUAAAGUAUACUUCACAAAUUUUCAAUUUCGAUUUUCUCAGAGACAAAGUGUUAUAUAAAAAGAUUUUAUCCUA